GCUGGGCGAUACUGCGCAGAUUAGCCGGUCAGCCGGCUAGUGAUCCAUACAUAGGGUGAUUAAACUGACGCGAGUUUAAACGUUGGGGAUUGGUAAUCAUGGCCUCCGUUUUAGAUGCUCUUUGGGAAGACAGAGACGUCAGAUUUGAUAUAACGGCACAGCAGAUGAAAACUCGCCCAGGAGAGAUACUGAUAGACUGCCUUGAUUCUAUAGAAGACACCAAGGGGAAUAAUGGAGAUCGAGGGAGACUAUUGGUAACGAACCUAAGGAUCAUUUGGCAUUCUUUGGCUUUGCCAAGAGUCAAUUUGUCUGUUGGUUACAAUUCCAUCAUAAACAUCACAACAAGGACAGCGAACUCUAAACUGAGAGGUCAAACUGAAGCCCUCUACAUCUUGACCAAGUCCAACAACACUAGAUUUGAGUUCAUUUUCACAAAUGUGGUUCCCGGAAGCCCACGAUUAUUUACCUCUGUCAUUGCUGUACACAGGGCCUAUGAGACUUCAAAGAUGUACCGAGACCUGAAAUUGCGAGGUGCUCUUAUUCAAAACAAGCAGCUUAGACUCUUGCCACAAGAGCAAGUUUAUGAUAAAAUUAACGGAGUAUGGAAUUUAUCCAGUGACCAGGGCAAUCUUGGAACUUUCUUCAUAUCCAAUGUUCGAAUCGUGUGGCAUGCCAACAUGAAUGAGAGCUUCAACGUCAGCAUUCCUUAUCUACAAAUUCGGUCUAUCAGAAUAAGAGACUCAAAGUUCGGCUUGGCUUUAGUGAUCGAGAGCUCGCAGCAGACUGGAGGUUAUGUGCUUGGCUUUAAGAUCGACCCAAUAGAUAAGCUUCAAGAUGCGGUAAAGGAGAUCAACUCACUGCAUAAGGUGUUCUCUGUUAACCCUAUCUUUGGAGUGGAUUAUGAGAUGGAAGAAAAGCCCCAGCCUCUGGACGAGCUCACAGUGGAGCAGCCCUUCGAUGAUGUGGAGAUUGAGCCUGAUGAGCAGACUGAUGCUUUCACUGCCUACUUUGCUGAUGGCAAUAAGCAGCAAGACCGGGAGCCGGUGUUCUCUGAGGAGCUGGGCAUCGCCAUUGAAAAGCUGAAGGAGGGCUUCACACUUCAAGGACUAUGGGAAGUUAUGGGCUGAAAUAGCUUUUAAAAGGUUUUAAAUGUGUAUGUACUGUAAGUAUGAUCUAAAUUUCAAAAACUUUAUAAUCUUGUGUUUGUUUAUAGCGUCACAGUUUUACAGUUUUUGCAUACAAAGAUAUGACUUGUAUUAUGAAAAUAUUUGAUUAUGAUAAGUAUUUUAUAGUUAACAGAGACCAAGGCUACUGCAUAAAGAAACAUGUACCAUUAAGUCAAACAUUUGAAGUGCAAUCUGUUUUUAGGUUGUUGAACAGAAUAAAUGUAUG